AAUACGUCCCGCUCUCUCUCUCUCUCCCUCGCUGCGCUCCCAAUAUAAUAGUGAGACAACAACAACAAUAAUAAUAACAAUUAAAUACAGAGAGGUAUUCAUAGGCGACGUUGCCGCCACGCUUGUCUGCACACACUCCGUGUGCGUGUGGUGUGUGGCGAGCUCGAGCUUGUGCUGCACGGGGGACAUGCAAGCGGGGUCUACGAAGUGCGCGUGUAACGCAGCGGCGUUCGCAUUCCCGCUCGCGUGUUCAUCGUACAAGAGUUGGUUGCGUAACAGCGUGCGCGCGCGGCACGGCGUGUUGAUUGCUGCGUCCGUAGCGUUGCGAGCGGCGGUGAUUGACUGAAUUAUCCGAAGAGAUUGGGAGUAGGAGAUCACAUUGCUCGGCGGACGGACGGACGCACUGGCGGACGCACGGACGGACAGAGAGAAUUGAGUCAUCGUUGGUGCUCGGGGGAGAAAUUUGCGUGCGGCGAGAGUUCAUUGAGACGGACAGAUGCUGCGAUCAACCAUCGCGACAGCGAGCCACUAGAGAAGAUACUGUACGAGGAACGUGUUUCGGAAGGAGUUUGUCGAUGUCAUGAAGACAAGAGGCGAUAUUGGAUGAGCGACAUUGGGUGAUCGUCGAGGGCUCCUGUCGAGAACACAAGUCGAGGAUCAGCAGUAGCAUCAGCGCAAGGCGAGCGGAGUGACGUCGGGACGUCGUCACGAGGUAACAUUACGAUCAGUUCAUCAUUUAAGGAUUCAUCAGAUCAUCAGCAGCAGCAGCAUCAUCACAAGACUAAUUGAGUGACAUCACGACAUCGUUAGUUAGACGUAAGUUGAGUCGCUUUAUCGAGCCAGUGAGCGAGUAGGUUGCUCCUCCACCCCUCCCGUCUCAAUCUACACGCGGGGAGUGACCUCCUCCCCUCCUCCCCCACCUCCUUGCGCGCGCCAGAAGUAAAAGAAAAAAUCGCCUGCAGCCUCCUCAACGUCGCCGCAGAUCGUCGCAGAACCUCAAAUCGCGCACCCGCUGCCCCGCAAACUCCCCCAGCUAUGGACGGCGACGGCGGCCCGGCGGCGAGAAAGCGUUCGACGAAGUCCGCGGGAGGUGACGGAGCUCCGGCCAUGACGACGACGGAGACGGCGUCGCCUGAGCGAGGGGUCGGCGAGGGCCGCGGAGUGACCCUCAAGCAGGAGAUCGGCCUCGUGAGCGCGUGCGGCAUCAUCGUGGGUAACAUCAUCGGCUCGGGGAUCUUCGUGUCGCCCAAGGGGGUGAUGGAGAACGCCGGCUCGGUGGGGCUGGCUCUGGUCGUUUGGAUCGUCACCGGCGUCAUCACCGCCAUCGGCGCGCUCUGCUACGCCGAGCUGGGGGUCACCAUCCCCAAGUCCGGCGGAGACUACAGCUACGUCACCGAUAUAUUCGGCAGCCUGGCUGGCUUCCUGCGCCUCUGGAUCGCCGUGCUGGUCAUCUACCCGACGAACCAGGCGGUGAUCGCGCUCACCUUCUCCCGCUACGCGCUGCAGCCCGCCUUCCCCUCCUGCCUCUCGCCCGACCUUGCGCUGCGACUCCUCGCCGCGCUCUGCCUCCUGCUGCUCACGUGGAUCAACUGCUGGAGCGUGCGCUGGGCAACACGUGUCCAAGACGUGUUCACGGCAGGCAAGCUCCUCGCACUGGCGCUCAUCGUCGUCAUGGGCCUCGUGCAGAUCUGCAAGGGUGAGUACCACUGGCUGGUGCCCGCCGUGGCGUUCCGCCCGUGGCAGGAGGUGCACGUGGGGGCCGUGGCGCUCGCGUUCCUGCAGGGCUCCUUCGCCUACGGGGGGUGGAACUUCCUCAACUACGUCACCGAGGAGCUCGUCGACCCCUACCGGAAUCUCCCGCGAGCGAUCUUCAUCUCCAUCCCGCUCGUCACCAUCGUCUACGUGUCGGCCAACAUCGCCUACGUCACCGCCAUGUCUCCCCACGAGCUGCUCGCUUCCAACGCCGUGGCCGUGACAUUUGGAGAGAAGCUGCUCGGCCCCCUCUCCAUGCUGAUGCCGUUCUCCGUGGCGCUGUCAACGUUUGGCGGAGUCAACGGCUCCCUCUUCACCUCCUCCAGGCUGUUCUUUGCCGGUGCGCGUGAGGGCCACCUGCCGGGGCUGCUCGCCAUGAUCCACGUGGAACGGUGCACCCCCAUCCCCGCGCUGCUCUUCACGUGCGUGACGACGCUGCUGAUGCUGCUGACGAGCGACAUGUACACCCUCAUCAACUACGUCGGCUUCAUCAACUACCUCUUCUACGGGGUGGCUGUGGCGGGGCUGCUCGUGCUGCGGUGGACGAAGCCGGACAUCCCACGGCCGAUCAAGGUGAGCGUCGCGUUCCCCAUCGUCUACCUCCUCUUCUGGGCCUUCCUGCUCAUCUUCAGCCUCGUGUCGGAGCCCGUGGUGUGUGGCGUGGGCCUCGCCAUCAUGCUCACCGGCGUGCCCGUCUAUUACAUGGCCGUCUACUGGCACAACAAGCCCAAGUGCCUGGACAGCUUCGUCGAAUGCAUCACCUAUUUGUGCCAGAAGAUGUGCGUCGUCGUUUACCCCGAGGAAACGCACGUGGCGGCGAAGGCGGACUCUGACGACAAAAUGGCGGCCGAGCACGUGACCGAGCCCUCGGCCAAUCGCGCAGAGGCGGGAGGCGACUCGAGUAAAAUGGCCGACAAACUGGAGGCGUGAAACGGCGGCUACGGGCACAUGUGAUCGCGGGUUUAAGUGGUCCCCUUUGUAAAAAAAAAAACACCAUAUACACAUUACACACGCACACACACGGAAUGUUUAGCUAAGCUAGCAAUUGACAAGUGAAUGCGCGGGUGAAAUAACGGCUCUCUUCGUAAGCAAUUGGGAGUUUUUUUUCAUUUAUACAACUUUUCCACUGCCACAUCCGAGCCGAGCCAACGUGGGUCCGUCUAGUUUUGCAUUUUAGAUUUGUUUAAAUGCCACUUUUUAACGACUUAAAAGCAUCGUCCUGACUUUUACCCACAAUCCUGUGCUUUGAUACAACAAAUCUAUGGCCACUCGUAUUUUAAAUGGACCUUUGGACCGGGUGCCUAAGACGAAUUGAGUAAAAUAUUUUCCAAUUAGUUUCUUGUCCAAAUAAUUGUAAAAUAUAAAAGGCCUUUUUAAACGUAGGAGCUUAUACAACUUGUCACACAAAUGUGUUUCUUUUUACGUUAACCUUUCGUAAGGGUGUGGCGUGUUUUUUUAGACCAUUGUGGAACUCUUCGAAGUAAAAGCCGGGCGGCGGUGACUUACGCUGCUGCUGCCGCUGCUGCACGUGGCUGUUGCGAGGGUUGGUGUGUCACCGCACACACAAGAUGUUGUGAAACUCGUAAGCCUGCCUCGCCAGGAGAAGACAUGGCAGCAACAGCAACAAAUCUGGGCAUCUCAUUAAAGCUCUGCUACAGAAUCGGAAUAUUUAUUUCUACUGGAAGAUGAAUCCAGUGGGCGAUAAAGCUCUUUUUCCACAGAUGUCCAGUGGGAGGGGCAGGUCAGAACGUGAUAACAAACACAAUACAAAAACACGAUAGGAGUGCAAAGUAUAGGAAAGGUAAACUAAUCCCUUUAAAAUAGAAAAAAAUAAAACCAAACAAUUGUUUUUAUUUUACCAGGUGAGGCCCACUGAGCUAUUAGCUUCUUAUUCAGAAGCGACCUGCUCACAAAUGAUGGCUCAACGAAGUGGGCUGAUCACGUGGGAAUUUAUAUCAGCAAAAAUAAUCGAGAUAAUCCCCUUGAUGCAUCUGACUGCUCUCUCCUAACCGCCUUUACCCAUGGUUCCCAUACAGCGGGUUUCGGCAGUUUCCCACCAUCUCUGCGUGACCCAUCAACCCCUUGCCCCUCAAGCGGCUGUAUUGCAGGCUGAUGUGCACCACUCACACUGCACCUGUCCCGUCGUAGUCUCGCGUGGGUUGCGAGGUUUUUGCAUGAGCCGAAUGAUGUGGUGAGUUAACGAUCUCGCCUGGUGUACAGGAGGUCGUGGGCUCGAUCACGACCAUGACGCCUGCUGUGUAUUUGGAGUUUGCGUGUCUCAACUCUCUUGCUGUGGUAAUAGGUUUUUUACCCUUUUUACCCUUUCAAUUGGUACAAAAACUGACACCUUUUUUGUACCAGUUGAAAGGGUAAAAACCUAUUACUAUAUUUUGCCACUGGUAAAGGAGAUGUCUCAUAGUCUCUUGCUGUGGUCGCGUGGAUUUUUCUACGGGUCCUCCGGUUUUUCCCCUCCACAUUUAGAAUCAACACCACGCGUUUAAAGUGUUUGAUCGACGUGAAUUUCCACUUGAUAAGCCACUUCUUUGAGCUAUCAAUUGUGGCCAGGUCGCUUCUGAAAAAGAUCUACGUAGCUCAGUGGACCCUUACCUGGUCAAAUAAUAAAAACAGUUUUAGUUUAUAGAGCUGUUGCUUUCCUGCUGUGCUCAAAAGUAACGUGGCCUUGUCUCUCCUGCUGUUGUAUCGUACACGUGGUUGUGUGUGAGUGCGUUGCUUGGCAACUACUGUACUCUAUUCACAAGCCGGGCCACGUGGCAGGGAAUGGCCAACAUUAUUUCGCUGCUGCUGUUGUUGUUGUUGGUGUGGCUUUCAUGAAAUGUUUAAACAACGACACGAACCACCGCCAUCAUAAUCGCCAUCAUCGUUGUCGUUGUCGUCGCAACAGGAUCACGGGUGCAAGCUGGGAAACUAGUACGUUUACAACCGACGACGACAAUCGCGUAAAAAGGUGUCAAAAUCACGUGAGACAAAAUGUGCGUAACGACAACUGUUAAUAAGUAUAACCCGUAAAAACAAAGUUUUUCACUCUAAAUCCUUUAUAUGCGUGGCGGCUAGAGUCCUCUCGUCCUCUGGUUUGAGAUGGCUGCCACCUAUGGGUCAGAUGAUUGUCUGCCAGUAUUAAGCAAUUGGUAAUUAAAUAUUUAAUUUGUUUUCCCUAAACAGUGUAAAAUUUUGGAAAAAAAAUUUCACGAACAUUAAUUGUCUCGCACAACGAGUCUGUGUGCAAAAUGUCAGCUCGAUUGGAUCACGGGAAGUGGGUUAAAAAACGACCGAAAGAUUUGCACGGUCGUAAGCAAGCAAGCGAACUUAAUAUAAAUGAUUUAAAAAUAAACCUCCACCAGCAGCUCUUAAAGAACUGUACAGCAUCGCGGCAGCUCGUCGUCUUGGAUCGCCGUGACAGACUGAUUCGAGCAAAUGACGUAGCGAUGACAAACGUGGUGGUGCAUUUGCUUUCGGCCUCAUUAAGGACUCAUCAGCAAGGUACGGUCAGCAACGCUCACUGCUGCAAAACGGCUGCCCAGCGUGGCAUCUGGGAAGCACGCCGAAGGGUGUCAGUGUAGCCUAGACGGCAAUGCGGAAUUCGAUUAACCCCUUUCCCGUUCCGAGACGACUGCAGGUUGCGGUGGGUGUCCUGUUCACCGCCGAAUCUUGUUCAUUUUAUUUAUAGAGGCGUAGCAGCGCCGUCGUUUUUGAAGACGUCGUCACCGCAGAGAACCGCAGCGACACGACCGCCGCGCUCUACGAUAGCCGGUGCCAAACCGUGCCACACGUCCCUACUGCAUGGCCUUUUAACUUCCGGUUUGAUGACGUACACGCGUGUGUAUGUACGUGAUCGGAACGGAAUUGGGGGGUGGGACGAAAAUGUUUUUACGACGUAGACGUCAUCGGAAUGCAAAAGGGAUAAACAUCUUGCUGGUAUGCAUUACCCACCUAUCACAGCCUCGUGCCCUUCUUGAUUGAACAGAUUAUUCGGUGGUGCUGCUGCUGCUGCGUUGACAGUGCACAAGCAACAACUCAACACGUGGCCUUAACUUAAAAAAUGUAUAAAUAUGCAGGGACGUUUAAUGCAAUGAAAGAGGGCCAUUGCCCGAAACGUCGCCUAUUAUAUAUUUAUUCUAUAUUUUCCCCCGAUAAAGGCCACACACACAAUGUGUUGAGGGUUAUUUUUUUUUAUUUGUGAAAUGAGAUCGGGAUUAGAAAACAGUCGUAGCAAUGUGCUCGUUAUUUGUUUACAAGUUGGUAUUGUGUGAACAAAGCAGAGGUUAUAUAUAUUGCCGUGGUGUCCGUGUGUUCUGACAUUGCUGUUGUAAACUGUUAUAGUCGAAAUGCGUGGUACCAGCGACUGGACACAAAACAACAACCUGUUAAAUUUGAUUUUAAAAACGAAUAUGCUUUAACAUUGAUAGAGUUUUUUUUAGGUGAGAUCGCGUAAAUAUAAAUGUGUCGUUAAACCCGCCACCACCCGCCACAGCCAAUUAUUAAGGUUGUUUUGUAAACAAAACACGCCAAUUUGACAAACCGUGCUUAUUGGCCAAUUUGACAAACCUUGUUAAUUGGCUGUGUCGGGUGGUGGCGGUUUUAACGACACA